AUGGACGUCAAGGCGGCCCCCAACGGGGUGGCCACCAUCGAGGACCGGAUCCUGCGGAUCACCGGCUACUAUGGCUAUUACCCGGGUUACUCCAGCCAGAAAAGUACCUCCAGAUCUUCAGCCACUCGAUGCAAACCAGGAGCCAAUUGCCCCAGUUCCCACAGUGGCAUCAGUCGACAGCUGUCUCCUCUGUCUGUCACUGAGGAUUCUUCUGCUCCCAUUCUGGAACUUCAGAGUCGAGGAUCCUCUGGAGUUUGUGGACAUAGAAUUGAGAGACAGAACAGAGCAGGGGACGAUGGCACACAGACUCAUCCCGAGAACAGCAGCCAGGAGAACAGAAUCCGAGCUCGGUGCAUGUCAUGCACGGCCGUCCUUCUGAAGGCCGUCUGGGGACUCUUGAUCAUCUUGUCAGUGUCGUCGUCUUGGGUGGGCACCACACAGAUUGUGAAGAUCACUUAUAAGAACUUCUACUGCCCAUUUUUCAUGACGUGGUUUUCAACAAACUGGAACAUUAUGUUCUUCCCAGUCUAUUAUUCUGGUCAUCUGGCCACUGCUCAAGAAAAGCAAUCUCCAAUGAAAAAAUUCAGGGAAUGCAGUCGGAUUUUUGGUGAAGAUGGCCUGACAUUGAAGCUCUUUCUUAAAAGAACUGCUCCCUUUUCUAUUCUAUGGACUUUGACAAAUUACCUGUAUUUACUGGCUUUAAAGAAGCUGACGGCCACUGAUGUCUCUGCUCUGUUCUGUUGUAACAAAGCCUUUGUCUUCUUGCUAUCCUGGAUCGUGCUGAAGGACAGGUUCAUGGGAGUGAGGAUAGUUGCUGCAAUAAUGGCGAUCACUGGCAUUGUCAUGAUGGCCUAUGCAGAUAAUUUCCAUGCCGAUUCCAUCAUAGGAGUGGCCUUUGCCGUGGGCUCAGCCUCUACAUCUGCAUUGUAUAAGGUUUUGUUUAAGAUGUUUCUUGGAACUGCCAACUUUGGUGAAGCGGCACACUUUGUCUCUACCUUGGGAUUCUUCAAUUUGAUCUUCAUCUCCUUUACGCCGGUCAUCUUAUAUUUCACCAAGGUGGAGCACUGGUCCUCUUUUGCAGCUCUGCCUUGGGGCUGUCUGUGUGGCAUGGCAGGGCUGUGGCUGGCCUUCAACAUCCUGGUGAACGUUGGUGUGGUGCUGACAUACCCAAUCCUAAUCUCCAUUGGGACAGUGCUCAGCGUUCCUGGAAAUGCAGCUGUGGAUCUCCUGAAGCAGGAGGUGAUAUUCAAUGUCGUCCGCCUGGCUGCCACCAUCAUUAUCUGCCUUGGGUUUCUGCUGAUGCUCCUGCCUGAAGAGUGGGAUGAAAUGACGCUGAGAUUCAUCAACAGCCUAAAGGAAAAGAAGAGUGAGGAGCACAUGGAUGACGUAACCGAGUCCAGCGUGCACCUGCGGAGUAGAAGCAGGGCCAACGGGACAGUGUCGAUCCCGCUGGCCUGA